AUGUGCGCAGCCCUGCUGCGUCCUUCACCUUCACUUCGUCUCCUCUUCUCCUGCACACCUUUCAUCUCUCUCGCGCUCCGUCUGUGGCUGGGCUGGCUCGGGGCCGCCCACACCCCCCGUAACAGCCGCUUCGCGCUGUACCUGGCCCCCGUGGCCUUCGAGAACAACAAGAUGCGCAACGAGUGGUACGACGUGUCGGGCAAGCAGUCCAAGCUGUUCGGGCACAUGGACGGAUUCGUGGGGUACGCUGCUGAACGAUUCACCAGCGGCAAGGAGCCAGUGCUCGGCCUGCUCACCCCCGUUCUUCCGACACUACAAGAAGCCAAGCAGAUCGUCCGUUCCGGUGGGCGCUCGGCCCUCGACAGCUUCAACAGCCACCCGAAGCUGCGCCGUUUCGGUGUCGCCGUUCUCCUCUGCCUCGUCGUGCGCAACGGCGUCGAGGGCCUCCAAGUCGCGUCCUUCUCUCCGUGGGACAAGCACGACUGGAUCAAGGAGAGCUGGAAGGUGCAGAAAUGGGAUCUGCUGAAAUGGAAGGAGGCCCUGACGCACAGGGUGGCAGCUUGGGCGGCCGAACACAAUGUCACCGUCCACGCAGGGUAUUCGGGUGGAUCAAUCAAGGCUCGGAAGGAUCGGGACCAGGACUCGGUGGAGAUGGCUGCUGGUUGGCUGCACAGUGUGGUCACAAGAAUGGAGAAGACGGUUCCCGGGCGUCGAGGAAGACCAUGA